ACGCCCACGACCACGGACCUCAAAGACCUCAAGCUCGUGGCCCACCCGCGCGCCAAGAGCAAGCUGCAAAUGAUAUAGCAAGAGGCCAAGCAGCUGUGAGGAUGAUACAGGAGGAGACUUUGAAUGAUAAAGUGGAGUUUUUGUAUUGUGAUCUGGCAUCUAUGAAGUCCAUCCGGCAAUUCGUCCACAAGUUCAAGGAAAAAAAAAUUCCUCUCCACGUGCUGGUUAAUAAUGCCGGCGUGAUGAUGGUCCCUGAGAGGAAGACCACAGAUGGGUUUGAAGAACACUUUGGCCUGAACUACCUCGGUCACUUCCUUCUCACCAACCUUCUUCUGGACACCCUGAGAGAGUCGGGAUGUCCCGGCCGCAGCGCCAGGGUGGUGACCGUCUCGUCGGCCACGCAUUAUGUCGGGGAGCUGAACAUGGACAACCUUCAGAGCAGCGGCUGCUACUCCUCCCACGGCGCCUACGCCCAGAGCAAGCUGGCCCUGGUCCUGUUCGCCUACCACCUGCAGGGGCUGCUAUCUGCGCAGGGCAGCCACGUCACCGCCAACGUGGUGGACCCCGGGGUGGUCAACACCAAUCUCUACAAACACGUCUUCUGGGGCACACGUCUGGUCAAGAAGAUAUUUGGCUGGUGGUUUUUCAAGACCCCAGAUGAAGGAGCCUGGACCUCCAUCUAUGCAGCCGUCACCCCGGAGCUGGAGGGCGUUGGUGGCCGCUACGUUUACAACGAGAAGGAGACCAAGUCCCUGAAGGUCACGUACGACCCACAACUGCAGCAGCAGCUCUGGGCCAGAAGUUGCCAGAUGACCGGCAUCCGUGAUGUGACCCCAGACGUCUUCUCGAGAUAGCUGCCCCGUCGGGAGGACUUUGCACCUGGCCCACCACUCGCAGGCCUAUGAAGCGUCUUCUGUCUGCAUUUUUCAUACCCAUCGGCCUUCAGGGCUCUGUCCCCAAAAGUCUCCUGUCGGCUCCCGUGCCUUUGUGGGAAGUUAAGGACCAAGAGAAAUGUUGAGUGUCGCCAUGAGCUGGUGGGCCUUCGCCUUAAAUCUUGUCAUUCCAAAGUGUCAAAUUGUUCCCGGUGCCAUGAAUCAUUAAAUGCUGCCACCCAAGUGUACAGUUUCCCUUGCUUGGUGAGGAACAGACAGGCGGGCUUGGGUAGAAACGUUCCCCAUGAGAUGAACGCUUCCAAGGGACCAGCCGGCUGCUGGGACGCUGGUGCUGUGAGGGUCCAUGUGUCCUUUUAUCUUCCACACUGCUCAUUACUCUCGAGACCUGGCUUUGAUUUGUGCACCCCCAAAAGAGAGAGACAUGAACCUGUUGGUCAAGGUUGGUGGGACCCCACCUUCUGCAUCAUCUUCAGAGUGGCCCGUCCACAGGUGUGACCUGCAGCACCAAGAGCUCCUAUCAUAGCUUCAGGCCCAUGAGUCUUGCAGGUAUAUUACCAGACCUGUGGGGGAUGGUGUAGGACAGGGACAGGAAGAGGGACCUGGUCACCGUUCACCGUGGUGUUCUGUAGGACAGGAACAAUGAGAAGGACCUUGGACAUCUCUCACCAGGGGUUUUGUAGGACAGGGACAAGGUUAUUCCCAAACU